UCGUUUACGGAGAUCUCAAAUUUCAAACUAAAUUUUAUUAUUUCAAAUUUCCUUCUCUGAAAAUGAUUUCCAAUAAAAAUUCACGAGAAUCAGAAUCUCAAUUUUUAUUCAAAUUUUCAAUAAUAAAAAUGCCGUGCAAUUCGCAACGAUCCUUAUCUUGACGAAACACUCGGUACCAGCGCUUUGGUUUCCGCGAUGAUCGAGGGGACAAAGGGCAGAAAUAGAGAGCUUGUUUCCGUUGAUCUCAGGAAACAACGCCGAUUGCGAAAGCGAGGGCAAUCGACGGAGACAUCGGACCGUAAAUCCGUGUACUUUAUAUCGUGGCCGCUCGCGAAACCAGCUUACUAGCUCGAAAUAGUGCCAGAUGCGAAAUUAAUCAACCGUUCCCGUGACGAUUAAACAGUUCGUUCAGUCAGCGUAAGCUCCGCGAUCGAAGAAGAAUGUUCAGUCGCGUGCGAACUUGUGAUACGAGUUGACGCUGUUCGAGAGGAGAAAUGGAAGAGGAUCGUUCGGUUUAGAGAAACGUUUAAUCGGUUAUCGAUGAGGAAGAAUCAUUGACAAAACGACCGUUUAAGAGACCUUCGACAGCGUUAAAUAGCUGCAAUAAGAAUGAAGAUGGUGUUUCGAUGAACAUUUAGAUGAAAAACAGAGAGACAGUCGCAGGAGGAAUCGAUCCGUAAGUUAGCUAGAGUGGACUGAAAUUGGACGAAAUUGAGUUAAUCGACGCUGAGGGACACGAGGAAGUCAAGAUGGUCGUCGAACCGUGAACCUUCCUCGUCGGGAAUAAAUAUCACCGGCUAGCUUAAAGUUCAAGUAAAACGGGAAACGAUGCUGGCAGGGACUAAUCCAUAGAUCGUUGGAUCAACAGUGAAUUAGCUGUUGUUUACACAAGCCUCGGACGACUGAUUGGAUCUUGAAGAAAUGAUCUCGAACGGGAUGAACGAGUCGUUGGAUCCGGAAGGAUCGAUCGUCGGCUCGUUCCUGAAGAUGGAUCAAUCUGGGAAAGAGAAUUUAUUGGUUACAGUUGCAGCCGAUGCGUUUGAGAAUUAUACAAGCCCGAUUGUUGCAUUCUUGCAACGUGAAGAUUCUUCGAUGAGACGCGAUCCAUUGUACAUCGUGUUACCGAUCACGGUGAUCUAUGCGGUGAUCUUCUUCACCGGUCUGGUUGGUAACGUGUCCACGUGUGUAGUGAUAGCGCGUAACAAGUCGAUGCACACCGCCACCAACUACUAUCUCUUCAGCCUGGCUGUGUCUGAUUUAUUGCUGCUGAUAUCUGGCCUACCACCGGAGAUGUACUACAUAUGGUCGCAUUUCCCGUACGUGUUCGGCGAAGCCUUUUGCAUUAUUCAAAGCUUCGCCGCGGAGACGUCCGCGAAUGCCACUGUCCUCACCAUUACCGCCUUCACCGUCGAAAGAUACGUGGCGAUUUGUCACCCAUUCAUCUCCCACACGAUGUCGAAACUAUCUCGAGCAGUGAAAUUUGUGAUCGCGAUAUGGUUCACGGCUCUUUGCCUGGCUGUGCCGCAAGCGAUUCAAUUUGGGGUCAUUUAUGAUUACGGUCACAAUGGUUCAGUGAUUACGGACAGCGCCAGAUGCUCGCUUAAGUGGAUUCUGAUAGAUCACGCGUUCGAAAUAUCAACGAUGCUGUUCUUCGUGGUACCCAUGACGAUUAUUACUGUUCUCUACAUCCUGAUCGCGAUCAAACUGAGGAGAUCGAGACUAUUGACAGCCAGCACCGUAAAGAGGAAUCACUUACCAGCUGGGUUGAAUCAUUGCGAAAGCGGAAGAGGGAAGACUACUGCUCAGAGAAACGUUAUUCGUAUGUUGGUUGCAGUGGUGGUGGCGUUUUUCAUUUGCUGGGCACCGUUCCACGCCCAAAGGUUGUUGGCUGUCUACGCGCAGAAUACCAACACGGAACCGGAAGACGCGUUAGUAAUGGUCUACACCAUCCUCACAUACGUGUCAGGGGUGUUUUAUUACCUUUCCACCACCGUGAAUCCGCUGCUGUACAACAUCAUGUCCAACAAAUUCAGGGAAGCCUUCAAGUCGAUGCUGUCGAAUCACUGCGGCCGGAAGUGGUCCUCCCGGAAGUCAGUCCCACGACAACCGACCUACAGCAGCCUGUCAAGGUAUCCAAGGUCCACGAGGCAAGCGGAUGAUCGUCAGAAUUCACCAUCAAUAUCCUUCAGUGACGACAAUCAAAAGCUGACGACGAGCAUCCGUCGUACAACGAUCUCGAGCGAUCUGAACGGAUCGGCUGAAAGGAAGAAUCAAGAGAAUCGUUCGAAAAUGAAUAGGAUAAAUCAUCAUAGGGAAUACGGGAGAAGCAUGUCCAGAGGAUCGAAUUCCAGUCAAUUGACUUUGAUGACUUCGAUCAGCAAAAGUUUUAACGAAGGAAAUAAUAACGUGGCUGCAGCAUGCGUGAACGAGUGUCUGUUGAAGAUUCAAUCGCCACCCAGGGCUAUCACUCUUGGAAUAAUUGCUGAAAGAUUGAGACUAGGAACCAAGGGUCUGUUUUCACCCCAACAGAAAGUACCAACGAUUCCCAUGUCGAAACCGGAAAUUAAAACGGAACCACGGUUUCAAAGUCAUCCUAGUAUAGAGAGUGCGAACACUAUUAGCAAUUCGAGCUUACAGGAUUUUGACGAGACUGAGUUUACUGGUACGGAACUGGCGCGAUACAUGGGUGAAAUGAACUGCGACUCGGUCACUUGACCCUCGCAUCCGGAAACGAGUGGACAAGUUUCUCCGGCGAAUGAGAUUUCUUAAGGAAAUGUAACGUCUCGAGAGGCGUCGAGUAUUGAGAGCUAAGGAAAUCUGAGAAACUGGAAAAUUGGGAAACUUCAGAAUCUGAAAAAUUGGAAUAAUUUACAAACUUCAGAGUUUCAGAAAUUGAAAUAUUAGAAGCUUAAAAAAUUUGAGAAUAUGAAGAAACUUGAGAACUCAAUGUUUGAGUAAUUAUAAACUUUGAGAAAUUAUAAAGUGAGAUUUCCUCGUGUCUAAAUAUUUUAAAGAAAAGUGUGUAUAGUUAUAACGAUGUUACGAUCGACAAGUUAUUGUUUAAACAACAUAUUAUUUCAUCACUUUCAAAAUAUUUUGUUAACAGUUUACAAUAACUGUUUGAAAUUAUUCGAGAAGAAUUGAACUAUUUAUUCAUUUCUGCCGUUUGGCAAGUGCAAAAUUUGUACUUCGAAGUGCAACAUAACGAUACAUAUAUUUAUUAACAAUUGAAACGAAGAUGUUAUUAAAUAAAUGUUAAAAAACCUGACUGUAAGAUUGACAAAGAAAGAUACUUCGUACUUACAAUGAAAUUUUUCAUUUGAAAAAA